GUAGAUGAGUUUCGUAUAAAAGCACUUCUUCACACUUCGGUGCCAUCAGUGACCAGAGUACUGCACCAUGAAGAACGAAAUUUUUGUUGCGAUUUUCGCCCUGUGUGCUGGCUUUUGCCAGUCACAAUGGACCCCGGACCCUUUUUGCCCGUUCCCGUCGGACCACGUCACCCGGUACCCGUACUACGGUAACUGUUCGGUCUACUGGGAGUGCUACGACGGGACAAAAUACGUAAUGGAAUGUCCCGAAGGGCUUGAGUUUAAUGCCCCUUUGCAACAGUGCGACACGCCUUCGAUUGCCAACUGUGAUCCUUUUGCUUCGACUACUGCGAACCCGAAUCCACCGACGUAUAGUACCCAUACGACGGUUUCGCUUCCUCCGGGACCCGACUGUCCGUACCCGUCCGAAGAACUGAUCUAUUUUCCGUUCCCGGGCGAUUGUAACAAGUACUGGGAGUGCUUCGAAGGCAACUACUACCUUUUUCAAUGCGAAGAGGGGCUUUGGUGGCACCAGGAGAUAAGCCAGUGCGAUUAUCCCGGCGAUUAUUGCACGGAUUACACUACUUCUUCCACGCUCACGCCGCCCACCACCCAGGAAGGACAACCCGACUGUACUGGUACUGGUGACGACCCUGUUUUCUAUCCAGUGGUUGGGGACUGCACUAAGUACUGGGAGUGCGCGGACGGGAAAUUGUACCUUGAAGACUGUCCGGAGGGGUUGUGGUGGCACCAAGAAGCCAAUCAGUGUGACUACCCCGGGGCAUUUUGUACCAAUAGUACUGUGCUAGUGUGAAGAGAUCGACGAAUGGGUACUACCGGAUAUAUCCAUCAAUGUUAAUUUUGUUAACUACUAAUAAGUACUAAAAAUAAAGCUUUUUUGUAGAAA